GGAUUUACAAAUUAAAAAAAAAACCAUUAACUUUAUAUAAAUCUAAUAACUGUACAGAUUCUUCCCCUUGGUUCUAAUCAAAUUCUGAAAUUCGUGGAAAAAUAAAUUAACAUUAGGCAACUCAAGAAUCUGCGAAAUUCUUUUUCUUAGAAUAUUUCUGAAUAUAUGUACAUAUGUACAUAUGUAUAAAACAAAUGUUCGUUAUCUGUUGUACUUAAUAGCUGUUGGCCUAUAAAUACAGAGCAUGAAUAGCAUUCCCAGUCAGUGUUUAAAAGGAAAAGUCAGAAUGUUGUACUCGGCAAUAAUAUUAUUCUCUCUGGCUUUGCUAAAACUCCAGGCGGCGGCCCGUCCUCCAGCAAAGUUCCAGUUAAUCGGAUCCAGGUUAUUCUACAUCGAAAAGAACACAACCGUGGAUUGGUUCGAAGCUACAAGGACAUGCCGUCGUAUGAACGGCGUACUGGCGACCAUCCGGAACCAGCAGGAGCUGGAUCUAAUCGUACCAAAACUGGAAUGGGACUCUAAAUACUGGCUGUUCGUUAACGAUUUGACCCAAGAGGGCACAUUUGAUUCCAUAUCCUUCAACCCACCCUUCUUAAAUUGGAGACAAGGGCAGCCCGACAAUUACAACUCUAAUGAAGACUGCGUUAUGAUAAUUAACAAUUACAUGUACGACAGUGUAUGUGAUUCCAAGGCACUUUUCAUUUGCGAGAGAUGGGAUGUUACUAAAAGAAAAGAAGAAGAAAGCUCAUCUGAUGAAUUGCUUAUUUUUAAUAGAACGUACGUAAAAGGGGACUUUUAGGAGUUUUAAUGCUCAUAGGAAGUUCACUAAACGACUUCCAUUGGUAGCUUUGAACAGUGCUUGUCAAACGGCAGCAGUCUGUUAAGUCUAUGUUAACUGCACACAAUAGAGCUCAAACUGUACAAACUAUAUUAAGAUUCGAAGAAGAUUGUUUAUAAUAAAAAAAAAAAAGAAAUUUAUAAUUUCUAUUAUUUUACUAUUUUAUAAAAUGUCUUAAAAUAAACCAAAUUCCAACAUAAUUCAAAUAAUUAUCGUUAUUUUCCCCUCAAUUAAAAACUCAAUAGUAGAUUGUUUAUAUAUUCCAUAUAUUUUGCAUAUAUUUGUUGGUGUUUCUAUACUUUACACAAUAAAAAUGAUAAUGCAUCUCAACAAAAACAAUUAUUCGCGGUACUUAGACAAAGUUCAUGCUUGCGUGAUUGGUAACUUUUGCUCUUGGAAAUUGUUUUCCCAACUUACUACUUUGCUUAAUUUCAUUUUUGCUCUCUCUCUCUCUUAUGUCGGUUAUUGGUAUCGUUAUUGUUAAUCGAUUAGAAAAUAAAGAUAGUCAUAGAUAAUUUUGAUAGAUCCGAAUGCGGAUCGAGAAUUAUACAAGGCGCGCUCCUACACAUAUGUACAAUGAAUGCGCGCUAUGCAAAAGGUAUAUGAUAUUCUCGUGAGUCAUCGGCUGAUCGAUGAAUUGGUUUCUGCAUUUGGUUAAACU